AAAAACAGGAUACAACGCUCUCUGUAUUUCUCCUCCUUCCUUUUCUUUAACUAUCUUUUUUUUUUAUCUGUCACUCUAUGUCCUACCACCUUUCUUCAAAACAACCAUUUAUGCUCUCUCUCUCCCUCUAAAAGCCAACCUUGGUUUCACAAUUCACAAUCAUCAAGAAAACCACCUGAUUUUUUAUUCAAUUUCUCUCUGAAAAGUCUAGAUUUUCAUCAUUCAACCGUGCAAAUUUAUACUUUUUCUGGGUUUUGAGUUUUGAACCCCAAAAUAAACAUAUUUUUAAUUUUUUUAUAAUAAUAAUGGAGGGAAAUGGGUUGUCAGGCAGAAUGUAUUCAAAUACAGGUGGGGUUGGAAUUCUGGGUUUAGAAAUGCCCUUACACACACAACCACAAAACACCCAGCACCACCUUCAGAAACCCCAUAAAGUGGCGGCCUUUAGCAUCCUCCACCACCAACAACCAUCGCAUGAACAACAACAACAACAACAACAACAACAACCAAAACAACAACAACCAAAACAACAACAACAACAGCAUACUCAAUUGUCAAUGAAGCAACCUACCAAUUACUUAUCAUACAACAACCCCAACCCAAACUUAAACCCGAACCCAAACCCAAACCAAAUUCAAAACCCUUGUCAAAAAACCAAAAUCCAAACUCAAAUGACCCAAUUGACAAACAGUGAUGAUGAUGAACCAGGUUGUGCAAAUGAUCAAGAAAACAGCUCAUUAGAUGGUAAAAGAAAAGGGGGAAGCAGCAUAUCUCCGUGGCAAAGAAUGAAAUGGACUGAUAAUAUGGUGAGAUUGUUGAUCAUGGCGGUUUAUUAUAUAGGAGAUGAAGCUGGGAAUGAGGUGGUUUCCGAGAAGAAGAAAGCAAGUGGCGGGAGCGGCGGUGGAGGUGGAGGUGGGUCGAUGCAGAAGAAGGGGAAGUGGAAGUCGGUUUCGAGGGCGAUGAUGGAGAAGGGAUUCUAUGUGUCUCCUCAGCAAUGUGAGGAUAAAUUCAACGAUUUGAAUAAGAGGUAUAAGAGGGUGAAUGAUAUUUUGGGUAGAGGGACUGCUUGUAGAGUUGUGGAGAAUCAAAGUUUGCUUGAUACAAUGGAUAUUCUUCCUAAAUUCAAGGAAGAAGUAAGGAAAUUACUCAAUUCUAAGCACUUGUUUUUUAGGGAAAUGUGUGCUUAUCAUAAUAGUUGUGGCCAUGGAGCUGGUGGCAUCUCAAGUGAGGCGGCAGCAGCAUCAUCCCCUGUAAAUGUUGCAGAGGCGGGGCAAAAUCAUCAUCAUCAGCAGCAGUCAUGCUUACAUUCAUCAGCAAUUCCACCUAAUUCACACAAACUGGGAUUACGCUCAGAGGAUCACGAAGACGACGAUGAUGAUGAGGAUGAUGAUGAAGACGAUGAAGAUGAAUUCGAGGACGAGGAAGAGGAGCACGAAUUUGAAGGCGGCCCGAGAAAGAGAGCGAGAACUCUUGGAGGUAUUUUGUCAAACACCUCGCAGGCAUUACAACAAUUUAAUGGAGAAAUAACAUGUUUGUUGCAAGACGGAAGUAAAAAAACAUGGGAAAAGAAGCAAUGGAUGAAGAGGAAUUUGGUAAAAUUGGAAGAACAAGGAUUGAAGUAUAAAAUGGAAGCAUUGGAGCUGGAAAAACAAAGAUUAAAAUGGCUGAAAUUCAGUAGCAAAAAGGAGAGAGAAAUGGACAAGACAAAGAUUGAUAAUGAGAGGAAAAGGCUUGAGAAUGAAAGAAUGAUGCUUUUGUUAAGACAAAAAGAGAUUGAAUUGAUUGGUGUUGAGCCACAACAUCCUUCAAAUCCGUCUUGUAUUAGUUCUUGAUCAUAUAUACCAAGUCUUUGUUUUUGGUUA